AUGUCUCUCCCCGCCGCCCCACCAAUUCUGGAUUUUUCUCCUUUCUAUCGAGGAGACAGCGAAGCAAAGUCGAAGUUGAUUGAGGAAGUGCGCAAGUGUUGCCACUACAAUGGAUUUUUCCAGAUUACUGGCCAUCGGGUGCCGCUGGACCUGCAGCGCCGCGUGAUGGAUUGUUCUAGACGCUUUUUCGAUCUUCCUCUGGAGGAGAAACUGAAGAUUGAUAAGAAUAACAACUCCUUCAACAGAGGCUAUGAACUCCUGCGGUCGCAAAUGCUCGAAGUAGGCACCGGCCCCGAGCUAAAAGAAGGCCUAUACAUUGGCGAAGAAAUCCCCAAAGACCACCCAUAUUACCUCGAGAAGAAAUUGAACAGUGGCCCAAACCAAUGGCCCCCAACUGUGCCGGAGAAGGAGGAAUUCCAGGAAACAACCAUGGAAUACUACCACGCAGUAUUCGAAUUGGCGAAAGAUGUUCUAGGAGUGCUCGCGCAAACAUUGGGAGUGGAGUCGACAUUCUUCGAUCCCCUCACUGAUGGCGCCGUCGCUACGAUGCGAUACUUGCACUAUCCAGCUCAGCCGCAGGAUACCGAUGAAAAAUUAAACCGUGGAAUUGGAGCGCAUACCGACUUCGGAUGCAUUACUCUCUUGUUACAAGAUGAGGUGGACGGGUUACAAGUACUGGAUGCGCCAACUGGACAAUGGCUAGAUGUCAAACCCGUUCCAGGCGCUUAUGUGGUAAACCUGGGCAAUCUCUUCAUGCGCAUGGCAAAUGACAAGUACAAAUCCAACACCCAUCGAGUCAUCAACAAAUCCGGCCGGGAGAGGUAUUCCAUUCCAUUCUUUUUCAGUGGAAACCCGGAUUAUAUUUGCGAAUGCUUGCCCAACUGUCGUGAAGAAGGGGAACCGGCCAAGUAUGGACCAAUUACUGUGCAGGAUAUGGUUACAGCCUCUUACAGGGAGAGCUAUGGCCGGGCAGAGGAAUACAAGAAGGAAAUGGAAAACAAGAAACCGGAGCCACUGCCAGCUCUGGCUGCAGUAGGAGCUUAG